AAAUAUGGUGCUCCUAACUUCCUGGUGAAAUCUCUCUCCUCUCUCUCUCUUUUUAUACGUGUAUGUUUGUGUAUCUCAUGUUCCAUUAAAAAGUGCUCUCUCUUGGAAGAUGUAGUAGUUUUCAAUCAAAAACUACAUAUGGAUGAGCAAUAUAUUUUGGAGUUCAAGAAACCAUCAUUGCUUUAUUGUGGAAGAAGCAAAAAAUAAUGCCAAGAUUGAUUUUGGAGAAGUUUUGGCUACUACAAAUAUUACUGCUUGUUUUUGGAAUUGAAAAGAUUUAAGAGUUGUCUCAUUCUUGAAUCAUGCCUCUGUAUGAGUUCUUGAGAUUGGCUAUCGAAAAGCUCGAAUCUAGCCAGCAGAAAUCAUCUUCCGUUGAUCCCACUUCAAAAACGGAAAAUGGCUUAUUUGGACAGCCUGAUAAGGUUGCUACCAACCUCAGUUUGCAGCCUGAUACCCCUAGUGCCUGUGAUGGAGAGAGGCCGGGAAAAUCUAGUGGUGUCGAGUAUAUCUUCAAUGAUAUUUCGCCAGUAUUGGAUAUGAGUCAAAAGGAUGAUGCCUCUCCUUGGUUAAGUUAUCCCGGAGAUGAUAGCCUGCAAGCUUACUCUUCUGGUGUCUUACCUCAACCAUCAAGUGUUUCUUUUAUGUCACAGAAACAUGGAAGGAGUUGUGAUCAGGCAGUUAUUGAUUCGGACGUUGUGGAGUUGUCUUCUUUUAAAGAUCGUCCGUUGCAAACAUGUCUGCAUCAGAAGGACCAUACAUCAGAUCCUUCCUUACUCAAUUGCCAAGAUGCUAAGUUUUGGAAUAGUGAAGAGGGUGUAGACUUACAUGUUCCAGCCGCAGUAAACUCUUCACGGUUAUUGGGCAACGAAGAUAAAGAUUUGUUUCUUGAUGGAAGGACCAGGGAUAUCAGCCUAGAUACAUUCUUGAAAACUGACAAAAGUUUGAUUCAAAGCAACACCGUUGCUUCAACUAGGCCUCUAGAUGGGAAGAGAAUUGUCGAGUCUAUCGUUGGUUCUUCGUUUGUAAGCUCUGGAAAAGGUGCUGAUAAGAAUCUCGAUGAACUGAACUAUUACACGAAAAGAAAAUCUCAAGACAAUGAGGAGUCUGAAUGCCAAAGUGAUGAACUCCAAACCGAGUCUGUUGGCCUGAAAACACUAACUCCAGCUGAUGGAGGCCGGGGAUCAAAGAGAAGGCGUGUGGCAGAAAUGCAUAAUCUUUCCGAAAGGAGGCGAAGAGAUAGGAUCAAUCAGAAAAUGCUUGCUUUACAAGAACUUAUACCCAACUGCAAUAAGACGGAUAAGGCUUCCAUGCUCGAUGAAGCCAUCGAAUAUCUAAAGAUACUUAAACAUCAAGUGCAGAUUAUGUCAAUGGGAUAUGGAGUAUGCGCGGCGCCAUUGAUGUUUCCACCGGGAGCUCAAAACAUGUAUUACGCGCCUACACCUCAUCCUUCAUACACGGGGAUGAGGAUGGGAGCGAGUUUUGGUAACACGAAUGGGGAUUCUGUUCACUAUCCAAUUUUCCAUCCACAUUUUCCUACGCCUGUCGUAAACUGCCAAGGUGCUAUCGCUCCGAUGCACGGACAUAUCUGUCCCAGACUUCACACCGCAGUCUCUGGAGCGCACACACACUUUUUUCCUCCAAUUAAAUCUAACAAAACUUCAGUGAUGGGGCCAAGUGGCUUGAAGCUAACAAAUCACAAAUCUACGUCUUCAAGAUUGAACUCGAAGGAUCUGAUGGCGAACAAGAAUUCACAGAACGUCGAAAUGAGCAGCUCAAUCUCUACUCAGUGUGAUGCAGCUGCAAGCGAAAAAUGAAGUUCGAAACCGGCAUUCUACAGCAUGUAAGAGUAAUGAUGGAGCUGCAGAAGACUACAGAAACUAAUGAAGAAGCUUCUAUGCUUGCUUGGUAAACAAUGCUAGUGAGAGUAGAGUUUGGAAAUAUUUAUUUUUCUCGAAUAAAAUCACAUUCUUCGCUUUGGGCACUGUAUAUUUAUUUAUAUAAGGUGACUCCUGACAUUUCUUUCAAAAAUUGAGUUCUAAGCUUAUUAAUCCCAAUGCU